AUGAAGAGGAUUUUCGGGACAUCAGCAAAGAAAGAGCCUCCUCCGAGCCUUACGGAUGCAAUUGCAAAUAUUGAUUCACGUGGCGAAAGCAUCGACAAGAAAAUUGCAAAAUUAGAAGCUGAGCUAGUCAAGUACAAGGAUCAAAUGAAAAAAAUGAGAGAGGGACCUGGCAAGAACCAGAUAAAACAAAAGGCUUUGAGAAUUCUCAAGCAGAAGAGAUUAUACGAAAAUCAGCGGGACCAGCUUUCACAACAAUCCUUUAACAUGGAACAGAGUAAUUUUGCUAUUCAGGGCAUGAAGGAUACUCAGGCCACAGUUGAUGCAAUGAAGAUGGGUUUGAAAACAAUGAAAAAAGAAUACAAAAAACUGGAUAUUGAUAAGAUCGAGAAUUUGCAAGACGAAAUGGAAGAUAUGUUAGACCUAAACAACGAGAUACAGGAAGCGAUGUCGCGACAAUAUGAUACCCCAGAUAUUGAUGAGGCUGACUUGGAAACCGAAUUGGAAGCGCUUGGAGAAGAAUUAGAAUUGGAAGGGGACAGUUCCUAUUUAGACGAAGCACUAAAUGCUCCAGGUGUGCCAUCAAAAGAGCCUGGUGAAGGCACUAAGGUCACGGCAGACGGUAUCGCAGUGGACGAAUUCGGUUUGCCAAAAGUUCCUGCUCACAACUGA